CGUCUACUACCCACUUAAGUGAGAGCUGGCUCCUUCCUCCCUACCACAUCAUCGUCCAUCCCCACACUGUCUCCAGUAAUCGCUCUUAAACCAACAUCAACCAAUAUCACACCUCGUCCGUCUUUGUCGGCUCAAACCAAGUGGACAGUAUGGCUUCGACAUCCUCUGACCAGGAGUCAUCCACCCAUACUUCCAACCCCACGUCUUCCAGCCACACAUCGUCCAACCAGCAUAUUGUCGAGUUCUACCUGUCAAGUCUCUGGUCUUUACUGCCAGAGACCAUCAAACGCGUCAUCGAGCACCUUGAGAGUCUUGAGCUGGCACGCUUCGUGUGGGACGAGGAGUGCAACUGGUUUCACAUCCAGUGCCUGGAGGAUGACAAGGGCCACAUCAUGAACGAGUACUUUGAUUUUCAGUGCGAGUUGGAGGACGAGCUGAAAGAGAAGGGCGUGAUCGAGCAGGGUGGCAGCCUGAUGCCGGUCGUUGAGAACGACCUCGUCGGGACGCUUCGGUGCAAAGCGAUCAUCUCUGAAGACCCGAGCGAGCCUUUCCAGUCUGAGCAUGCCAACUUGCGGUAUCCAAAGGGACACAGCCCCGUCAAGAACGGGAACAACCGGCAUCUAAAAGGACACGGCACCGUCAAGACUGGCGACAUCCAACAGCCAAAGGGACGCGGCUCAGGCACGACGACAGGCAGGUGCCAGGCACCGCAAAAGAAAGAAUACGGCUAUUGA